GCAUGGCAGCUCUCUGUCCCUCAAUCCUCAUGUGAGAGAGAGUGUGCCAGUUUCACCCUCUCUACUCACCCCCCACCAUAAAGUUUGUAUCUUUAUGCUAAUUACAUUUACAUAUAUAUAUGUGUGUGUGUGUAUAUAUGUGUUUGCUUACACACCUACUUUUCUUGAUUCUUUGAGAAUCAAGUGACCCUGCUGAGUACUGAAUCAGAAGCUGAAUGUUAGCUGGUGUGUAAUAUGGGGUUUUGGUAUCUUUGCUUUUAAGAAUACCUAACAGUGGAACAACUGAGCUUUUUCUUGGAUGAUGAGGCUUUGAGCUCAAGAGAUUAGAUUAGAGGCAAUGAUUGGUUUUGUUCAGAUGUUGUUGGGGUUUGCUUUGGCUUCACUUCUGUGAGAUCAAGUUGGGUAUGGGCUGUUUUGCAAUUAUCAGUUUGUGCUUUUUUCUUGUCUUUUCUUGCAUUGCAAUUGUACUAAGGUUAACAUUUGUCUUGUAAUGUUUUUAGGACAUAAAUAAAGCAUUCUUGGAUUUGUUGUUGCUUAUAAUGUCUCUGUAAAUUGGAUUGGUAUUGUAGUUCUUUUGUUGCUUUUCCUUGUUCUCAAGUUCUAGGGUUGCCAUUGUUGUUCUUUCAUUUUUCAUGAGCAUAAACUAAAAUUGGAAGAUUAGAUCUUUUCCUAAUUCAAUUUCAUGAAAAUUGAGGUUCUAGGUUUGAGGUUCAUUAGAUAAUUUUCUGCAAUCUUGCAGUCAAUCUUAAGAAAUGGGUUAUAGAUCUAGUGAUGUGAUCCGAGAUGGAGUUGGAGUUCGACAAGUAUUGCGUGUUGGAUGGAAGUCCAACGACUGUUCUUCCAGCUCCCCGGCAUUGCCCAAAAGUUGACAAGAGAACACCAAGGGGAAAGCCCAAAUAUGGAAGGGAGGUAUUGCGCAUAAAUGAAGACUUCACUGAGAUUAAUUUUCAUCGUUACCGUUCUAUAUCGUGUAAAGAUUUUCCAUCUAGGAUAACUUAUUCAGAAGGCGAUAAAGUGCUAAAGAGAGGUUCUGUUUAUCAGAGUUCGAAAGAACUUAAGUGCUUCCAGAAAACUGAUAAUGUGGAGGAGAGGGCUAAAAUAGAAUUCUCACGAGGCAGUGUCACAGCUUUCUCGUUUGGAAUUGUUGAUGUGUUGUGUAGUUCCGAUGAGGAUAGCUCCCAAGUAGAAGAAAAUAGAUCCUCAUCAAUGUCGAUGAACUCUGAUUUAAGUACCGGAUCGAGUAAAAAGCCACAUGCUGAUUUUUUCAGCCUCCCCUUCCACCCCAUUCCAGAGAUUGGUGCCACACCGGAUGGGUUUGCAGAAAUUUCUUCAAACUCUGAUCACAGAGAAAACCGAAAUAGUCAUAAUGCAGUGAGCCAAUCUGCUCAGGAUUCCAAGAUUUCGGCCAGGUUACCCAAGUCAUUGUCAGCUAAAUUGGCACUGCCUCAUUCACCUGCUCGAUCAGAAAACGAUUUCUCCAGAGCUAGUAGUCCAAAGGCCCGGUUCAGUCCUGUGAAAAGGAUGUUUGAUCCGUUUGGUAAAUCCAAGUCUCAUAGAAGCCCCUUGGGUAAUCCCGUUGAAUCUGGCAAGGACAAGCAGAGUGAACUGGUAAGUGUCAAUGGAAAUAGAACUUUUCAAAAAUCUCAGCUGCAUGAUUUCUCCCAGCCUGUCAAGAACGAGAGCUGCAAUUCACUUCUGCAGGGUUCACCGGCUCAUUUACAAGGCUUUCUCAAGUUGGAGAGGAAAAACGGGGCACCUUUCUUUGAGUUUUCGCUACCAUUCCCAGAAGAUGUGUUUGUGGCUGAGACAUGGAAAGUUGACAAUACUUUGAAUUGGGUAUAUGCAUUUCGUUCUCUUCAUAACAGAAAGAAGAGCAGUGUGAAUCGAUAUGGAUCGAAAGAUAGCACUAAAGAGUCCUCUUUGGUUGGACAAAUGCAAAUCUCUUUUUAUUUUUGUACAGAACUAAAAGAUGCUGGAGUUUGUGAUAACUCUAUAGUCAUGGAAUUUGUCUUGUAUGAUACUUCCCAUCUGAGAAAAAGUGGCUCCUCACACGAAAGUUCAUGUUCUUCCCCUGAUGUAUCCAAGGGACCAAAGGUUCCCGCUGAAAAUUUACCCGGGGUAAAUAUUGAGUCCGGUGAGGUUCCUAAAACAAAGACGAAACAGAAGUCCAAGAAUGCUCAUGGUACAGGUUGUUUUGGUUCAUCUGCUCCUCAUCCUUUGGCACCAGAAGAAUUGCACCCGGAGCUUGAAAUUGCUGCCAUGGUGAUAGAAUUACCAUUUGAAAAGCGAGAGAGUUUGAAAUACACAAGCAGAGAUAAUGAAUAUGAUCAGCCUCUUCCGAAUUUGUUGGAUUUCUCUUUCGACGAGAAGAAAAUAGAAGGCGCUUGCAAUAAUUUGAGCCCUGUGAAGAUGAAUGCCGUGAUUCCUUCUGGAAAUCACAGCUUGCCAACAACCGAAAGCCAAGGCCCUUUUCCAUUGCUAGAUAGAUGGCGGUUAGGUGGAGGUUGUGAUUGUGGUGGCUGGGACAUGGCUUGCCCGCUAAAUGUAUUUGGCAAUAAAAAUACCCAGAUUGAUGAUGACUAUCCACUCAUGAGCAACCAGAGGCCCUUCAAACUCUUUGUUCAGGGAAAGAAAGACGAGACACCAGCAUUGACAAUGAUGUUGACAGAGGAUGGACAGUAUGCGGUUAACUUCCACGCUCAGUUAUCCGCAUUACAAGCGUUCUCCAUUUGUGUCUCCGUUUUGCACACCAUGGAAGCCUCAGCUGCUGUGGGUCACGACGAAAAAGGAAAAUCCUCGGAGCAAAGUUCACCGAGAAUGUUUGCUGAGGAUGACUUUCGAAGCUUGAUCGAAGCAGUUAAACAGCAAGAGAAGCAGAAAGUUAAUAAAAAGGUCCCUUAUUUCGUUCUCAACCCGCCCUUCUCUCCAAUUGCUCGAGUAUAGCGGUUAGCAGAUGCUCUCUUAGGGACAGUUCUGCAACACACUAUUCUCUGCAUUUCCAGACUCAUAGGUUGUAGAGUUUCCCAGUUUAGUGAAAUCUUGAUAAAAUGUCAUACUGUUCAUACAACUAGUUAAUAGAGUAGGGGAUAGUAAUUCAUUUAUUAUUGAAAAGAGUAGAUGUAGUUUAGAGAUAAAGGUUGCUUCCUUCAAUGUAACCAAGGUGCUAAAGAAAGCUAUUUUUGCAGUCUUGGGAACUCUAGUUCAUGUGUUAUAUACAGAAUAUUUGUAAGAACAUUUGAUACUUUGCACUACUAGUGAACUAUUUUGCUGCAACAUCAGUUUUAA